AAUCUCCCCUUUCUUCCCCCUCUUCUCUUCUAAACCCACAAAACAAACCCCACUUUUCUUCACAAACUAUUUUCAAAUAUAAACCCAUUCUUAUGGCUUUUUCUUACUCACCCUUCUCCUCUCUCUUUCUUCUUCCUUUCUUCUUUGUCUUCACCUUCGCUGACUACGGUGGCUGGCAGAGCGGCCACGCCACCUUUUAUGGUGGUGGUGACGCAUCUGGCACCAUGGGUGGAGCUUGUGGGUAUGGGAAUUUAUACAGCCAAGGGUAUGGCACGAACACGGUGGCGCUGAGCACUGCGCUAUUUAACAAUGGAUUAAGUUGUGGUGCUUGCUUCGAAAUGACUUGUACAAACGAUCCUAAAUGGUGCCUUCCGGGAACUAUUAGGGUCACUGCCACCAACUUUUGCCCUCCUAACUUUGCUCUCCCUAACAACAAUGGUGGAUGGUGCAACCCUCCUCUCCAACAUUUCGACAUGGCUGAGCCUGCCUUCCUUCAAAUCGCUCAAUACCGAGCCGGUAUCGUCCCCGUCUCCUUUCGUAGGGUACCAUGUAUGAAGAAAGGUGGAGUGAGGUUUACAAUCAAUGGCCACUCAUACUUCAACCUCGUUUUGAUCACAAACGUCGGUGGCGCAGGCGACGUCCACUCUGUGUCGAUAAAGGGGUCUCGAACUGGAUGGCAAUCCAUGUCUAGAAAUUGGGGCCAAAACUGGCAAAGCAACAACUAUCUCAAUGGCCAAGGCCUUUCCUUUCAAGUCACUCUUAGUGAUGGUCGCACUCUCACUGCCUAUAAUCUCGUUCCUUCCAAUUGGCAAUUUGGCCAAACCUAUGAAGGCCCUCAAUUCUAAACCAUAUCAGCCACACUGCUAUGACUACUACUACUUCACAAAACAAAACACACAAAACAAACAAACAACAACAAAACGAGAACGAC